AUGCCUCUCACCAAUCUGGACCUCGUCAAUCAAUGCGAUAGCUUCCCGUACGCAGACGUCAACUCGGAAUCCUAUCUCGCCUCCAUCAACACCUACUACCAAUUGCGUGUCUCAGGCCACAACUAUGCGCUGGGCUACAUGUUGCCCUCGGUCGUCGAGGUCUUCCGUGGCGUACCCAACUGGGAGGUAGAUGAUGAUGCACGCAUUCUAUACCUCACAGGCGGUAGCAACGCAGACGAACGGUCCAAGGUGGUAGAGACGACGCUGCUGGCUAUGCGGGAGACGGGCCACUUCAAGGUGCUGGACAAGUGGCGCGCAGAGCUUUAUGCUGUUUAUGGAAAGGACAAGGAACUGCUCUUCAAUGUAGAGCGGAGUGCCAGUGCGCUGUUUGGUGUCGUCACCUAUGGCGUGCACUUGACGGCUUUUACAAGAAAGAAUGGGGAACUCAAGGUCUGGACACCGAGACGCGCCAAGACAAAGCAGACAUAUGGGGGCAUGCUGGACAAUGCUGUAGCUGGUGGUAUUGCGUCGGGCGAAUCCCCUUUCGAGAGCCUAGUAAGAGAGUGUGGGGAAGAGGCUUCGCUACCGGAGGAGCUGGUAAGGCCGAACGCAAAGGCAUGUGGCACAGUCACGUACUGGUACAUUCGCGAUGAGAGGGCGGGUGGAGAGACCAACUUGAUGCAGCCAGAGGUUCAAUAUAUUUACGAUCUCGAACUUCCAGAAGGCACUAUCCCAAAGCCCGGCGACGACGAGGUCGACGAGUUCUACUUGUGGUCUGUCGAGGAGGUGCAGGAGGCUAUGAGGAAGGGAGAGUUCAAGCCGAACUGCGCGCUGGUCGUGCUGGACUUCCUUGUCCGACACGGCAUCCUGACGACAGAGAACGAACGGGACUAUAUCGAAAUAGUGAGCCGAUUGCACAGGAAGCUAGAGUUUCCUACACUAUAA